ACCUGAACUUACUAAUGUUAAACCACUCAACUCCUGUUUCACCCACCUGAGUGUUAUAUAGCUUCUACUUGAAUAUUUUAGAUACAUCUAUACCACAAAUGGGGGCAUCACGGAACUCUUGCAUGAAAAACAAUUAGGGGCGACACUGUGAAGUAUGACAAUGCCAGUGCGGCGCGCAUACAUGUCUGCCCUCAGCCUCCUGCACAUAAAUGUUGCCACAGUCCGCGAACUGACAGCAAAGGGGGAGGGGAUAUUUGCAUUACGCGCUAGCUUCUGUGCCGUUGCGCCCGUUUCCGUCUCGUCCAUAUAAACGUAGAUCGUUCUGAAACGUACACAGAGAACCAUGUGCUUACAUUUCCUUCUCCAUCUAGUCUAUCAAAAAUGCUCUCCACCUUAAAUUCGCGUUGAUGAGAUCUGGUGAUCUCAGUUUGGAGACUAGGAGUAGGCUGGUUCCUGACAGAACAACAUCGCGACUCAUUGUCCGGCCAGCGGGACUAUCAAACAAGACGUGGCAUGACAGUGUAGAUAUUUACAGGCGUUCGUUGAUAAGAAGCCAAACCUGCCGUAAGAGCGAUCACAGCACAUUUGGGAAGAAUAUGGUGUUUUGAUCCACGGACACGUCCUGCUGGCGCGCACGGACUCAGAUGAUCCCACAUUGGAGACCUACCAGGAGCUCCAGUCCGGGCGAGGAAUCAACACACUUCUGCUGUGCAGUGUGACUGUUUCCUGCUGCUCUAUUAAGUUAACCUCCACCGCUGUGGCCCCCAGGCUCCCAGGCCAUGAGCACUUCCAAGGGCCACUUAGGACAGGAUGUGGAGAAACAGGGUAUCAAGUUGCCAAAGAAAUGGAGCGACCCCAAAGACAAGGUACCCACGGGUCGUACAAUGGUGCCCGGACGUGGUGGGAAAUCUGGUGCUGUGAGGAAGCCCCGUCAGCGCUACGUGGAGAAGGAUGGCAAAUGCAAUGUGCAUCAUGGCAAUGUGCGGGAAACAUACCGCUACCUAACCGACAUCUUUACGACGCUGGUGGACCUGAGAUGGCGCUUAAACCUGCUCGUGUUUACAAUGGUCUACACCACCACCUGGGUGUUCUUCGGCCUCAUCUGGUGGCUCAUCGCAUACAUCCGAGGUGACUUAGACCACACAGAUGACAAUGACUGGACACCCUGCGUCAACAACCUCAACGGUUUUGUCUCUGCGUUUCUGUUCUCCAUUGAGACGGAGACCACCAUUGGUUAUGGCUACCGGUUCAUCACCGACAAGUGCCCCGAGGGAAUCCUCCUGCUGCUGGUGCAGGCCAUCCUGGGCUCCAUCGUCAACGCCUUUAUGGUGGGCUGCAUGUUUGUCAAGAUCUCCCAGCCCAAUAGGCGCGCAGAGACGCUCAUGUUCUCCCACACGGCGGUUAUCUCCGUGCGCGACGGCAAGCUGUGUGUGAUGUUUCGCGUCGGGGACCUGCGCAGCUCGCACAUCGUGGAGGCCUCUAUCCGGGCCAAGGUCAUCCGCUCCAAACAGACCAAGGAAGGGGAGUUCAUCCCACUGAACCAGACGGACAUCAAUGUGGGCUUCGACACGGGGGACGACCGCCUGUUUCUGGUGUCCCCGCUCAUCAUCUGCCAUGAGAUCAAUGCCACCAGUCCCUUCUGGGAGAUCUCACAAGAGCAGCUGGCACGGGAGGAGUUCGAGAUCGUGGUCAUUUUAGAGGGAAUGGUCGAGGCCACUGGGAUGACCUGUCAAGCCCGCAGCUCUUACCUGGACUCGGAGGUGUUGUGGGGCGAGCGCUUCACCCCCGUCCUCUCCCUGGAGGAGGGCUUCUACGAGGUGGACUAUGACACCUUCCACAACACCUACCCCACACCGACCCCCGCGUGCUCUGCCCGUGAUCUAGCGGAGCUGGCCAAGAAGGGAGAGAGCAUCCCCAUACCGCCUCUCUCGCCCCAUGACACCAUGGAGGAGAUGUCGGGCCCAGAGGACGCACUGGACACAGGAGAAGACGGGGAAGGGCAGGAGGUGCAGGAGACACAGGAGGCGCAGGGGGUGCAGGGGACGCAGGGGGCACAGGAGGUGCAGGAGGCACAGGGGGCACAGGGGGCACAGGAGGUGCAGGGGGUGCAGGGGGCACAGGAGGUGCAGGGGGUGCAGGGGGCACAGGAGGUGCAGGGGGUGCAUGAGGCGCAGGAGGCACAGGAGGAUGAGCUAGAUGGGGAGACUGUCAGCAAUGGAGAUGUGAACAAAAUGGAUAGCGGACUAGAAUGA